GUUUUCAUGUGUGUUACUUCCGUCUCCUUUCCAGGACGAGGUUGUUGCUGAUUUCGAGGGGAAAAUUGUGGUUGAAAUACCGGUAUGUCUGUAGAUGACCAGGUUGUGUCAUCAAAUGGCGAUCCAAUACAGAAUGUUUUAACUAUACCACCUUCCAACAUUCUGACCAUCUCACGGCUUUCACCACCUGGAAAUGUUGACCUUGACCUUAAAGGUGACCUCCAAGAUGAUGAAGAAGGAAUUGCUGUUUCACCAGGAGCAUUGCUCGCAAGUCAGGGCUACUUAGUUUCACCAAGUUUAAAUAACCCAACACUACAGAGCCUACUGACCUCACCAACAGCUUUGCAGGGGCCGCAGCUGGGCCUCCCUGAGGGUAUUCAAAUCAUCACGGUGUCCAGCCCCUCGAGCCUCCUUCCUACACAGACAGAUGGAAUGGGCCGAAUAUGGCACGUCAUCAAUCCGGAUGAUACUAUUAUUGCAGUUGGAAAUGAGGAUUUAAAACAAUUAGCACUUGCUAAUGGUGAACCACUGGAGGAUGUUGACCAGGUCUCUUCUACAACUGGUGCAACUGAUACCUUGGAGAUCCAGGCCGAUAUUGCCAGUGUCCUCAUGCCCCCACCCACUCAGGUCCUACCCCCAGGAUGUCCUGCCUGGGCGGCAAGGCUAAAAAACUGUGAGAAAAUUGGAGACUAUUAUAGGGGAUAUGUGGAUACAGAGGUGGAACUUGAUAUCCUUCUGACCUAUCACAAACAGGCUACACAGAGCUUUUGGGGUACAAGGCAGUCACCGAGUCCUGCUAAACAGUCAACAAGAUUCAUGUGGAAGUCCCAGUAUGUUCCUUACGAUGGGAUUCCCUUUGUCAAUACUGGUAGCCGAGCUGUUGUUAUGGAAUGUCAGUAUGGACCACGUAGGAAGGGCAGCCUGGCCAAGAAACAAAUAGAUGUCAACUCUGGUGGGGAGUAUCGGCAGACAUGUCCUGCUAGGAUCUAUAUUAAGAAGGUACGGAAGUUUCCAGAAUACAAGAUAGAUGUCAAUCUAGACAAGAAGGUGAUGAAGAGUGCCAUGGACAAAGCUUUCCACGCUCUUAAACAGCAAAAUGUUGAGAAAAUAGGACAGGAUAGAUUUUAUGUUCAGCUGCCUUUACCAUCUGCCCAUGAGUUUCAUGAUGAACGAACUGUAAUGCCUGUAAGAGGUACCCCUGGGGCAGUCUCCAUAUCCCAGGUGUCAGCACAAACUCAGACACAGGAGAGUCAAGCAGGGGAGGUAAUCACAGAAGAGUCAGAAGUGGAGGGUAACUCUGACAAGAGGCACAGGUUACAUCCCAUGGUUGUGCAGAAGAUAAGAGAGAUAGUUGCUGGGGGAGAAGUUCGUGUUUAUCAUGUACGAAGACUUCUUAGAAUGUAUGUGUGUCAAGAAAUGUAUAAUGGACAGAUGGAUGCUACAGUGUCACGACAUGACCUGUCCUUGUUUCCCACGGUUACAGAUCUGAAAAAUCACAUACACCAAGCAGUGAAAGACAUUGAAAAUGGAACCUUAGCACUGACAGCGCCUACGGUAAAUGUAGAGCCCAUGACAACAACGAUGAACACAGUAAUGUCUAAUGCCAUGACAACGGGGAAUACAGAUGACAUGAUACAUUUGGCAGAUCUGACAAUAUUGCCACAAGAUACUAUGGUCUCUGGAGGCCCCGAGGCCGGAAUAAGGGUUGAGGCAGGGACUGGAACUGUUGUACCCGAGACAGUCACUGUUACAUUGACCCAGAGCCCGGGAGAAGAAGGUGGACAUGUGAUAUCACGCAUUGAGACUCACAUGAGUGAUGGCACAACCCAGAUCAGUACCUCUUUAACACCAGAGACAGCCCAGCUGCUGGCCCGUUUAAACCCAGCAAUGUUCCCACCUGGUAGUCUCGUACAGCUGAAGGCAGAAAGUGAAUCUCAGGUGACCGUUCAGGCUGUAACAAAUAAUAUGACAUUAAAUAGUUCAGCUGCUCUCGACACGAACACCUACACAAGUAUGACUGGUUCACCAGCCCUUGAUACAAGCACAUAUACCAGUAUUGAAAUGGAAGAGGUUCAAGGUCACGAUGAGACUCUUACCAUAUCGUCUAGUCAAGAUCAUGGGUCGCUGACCAUAACAGCAUUAGAAACAUCUGCCGUACCUACUUCCAUUAUGGCAUCUGAAAACCCAAGUCUUUCUGAACACUCACCUCAACUAAUAAAUGUUAGCAUAGUCCCAAAUGAGGCUGAAGACCUCGAGGAUAUGCAGACAGACAGUUGUGAAGAAGACUUAUGACCUUGACCUCAUGACCUUAAAGGUCACUUAUAUGACGUAAAAGGUCAUGAUUUCUUUAAGUUAAAUCCAGACAUUUACUAACAUUGUUGAGCUAAGCUUAAAGCUGAAGGAAAGUUAUUCAUGUUUCACAGUGUAUUACUGUGAACUGAAUUUAGUGGGUGUGAAAUUUGGUAGUGUUUGCCAAAACAGCUGUUAUAUGGGGAUGUGAAGUUGUAAAUUUCAAUAUUUGAUCAUAAAGUGUAUGGGAAUUGUGUAUGGGAAUUUUGCCACUUCAUUGGGGUUGUAGUUUGUUGGUUGAGUUAGUCAUGAAAUCCAGGAAAUCUAGUCUCCUGUAAAUAUGAGGUAUAACUCGAGUUCAAACUUCAUAAAAUACUGAAUACUUGACCUUAUUUUUGAAUUGAGUUUAUUUUUUUAUAGUGUUAAAACUGAAUAGUGUUUAGAUGUUAUCAAAUUCCUGAUUUUUAAUGCUGUCUGAAAGAUGGAACAUUUUUGUAGUUGAUCCUUAGUCUGUCAUUUUGUCCCAUCAUUCCAUGUGUCAAACUUUUGUCCAGAGUAUCCAGAGUAUAUCUUCUUAACCCUUAUCAUGCUAGACACCAUUGAUUCUGCCAUUGCGACCAGUGUUGAUCAUGAUCAGCCUACACAUCCAUGGCAUUCAAUCAGUAUAAUUUUGUCAAGCACCCCUUUUAACAGCUAAUGGUACUGUCCAAAUAGAAAAAUGGACAAGUUCAUUAUAUAAAUUUAGCAGGGUAAGGGUUAAGGUCCUGAAGAAAUUUCAAUGAAACUUGGAAUAUAAAUAGAUACCAAUGAGGACAAGUGCAGAGAUCAUUAGGAUAAUUUGAAAUACUUACACAAGGUACUGAAGGAAUUUGAUUCCAACUUGCAGUCAAAAUAAAUCACAUUUUUAUGGUAUGCAUAGCAUAAGAAAAUUGUUCUGACACAAGAGUUUGCAGAACUUUUUCCAGUUUGGUACAUUUAUAAUAGUAGCCACCAUAAAACAUGAAUCACUCAAGGUCAUAAGGGGAUUAACAAAAUGCUCAGAUUAUUUGGGAUUUUGAGGGAUCCGAACAAAAGAUAAGGAAAACAGCUAGAGACAACUUGAAUUGUUCAAGCAAGCCCGAAUCCUUCAACUAUCAAUGCUCCAGCUAGUGGUGUUCCACUGUACAUCGCUUUAUGCAGAUGAUAUCUUGGCAAACCCCCACAUAGAGGGAUGAAGUGGGGGGGGGGAGUCAAGUUGCCAAGUUUUUUGCCUUGCUGAAGGUAUAUGGGUAUGAUAAUUUGAUUGAGAGUAAUUUGCUCACUUAAAUAGCUUGUAUUUAAUAUUUAUUGUAUAUUAUUGUGAUCUUUCCUGCUGAUAAGUGCAAUCUCAUUGUAUAUAAAGUUGUAAAUAUUCCAUUGUAUAUAAUUCUGAAAGAACUUUGCUUUUACGAAGUAGAUUAUAUUUUUAUUUUUGAACAUAACUGUCAUCAUAGGGCACCUCAGUAGCCAAGUGGUUUAGGUCGCUGACGUCAGAUCACUUACCCCUCACCAAUAUUGGUUCGAGCCUUGCUCGGGGUUAUGAAUUCUUCAUAUGAAGAAGCCAUCCAGCUUGCGUAAAGAAGGUCAGUCCUACUAAGAGUGCCCACCCAUGAUGAAAUGAUACAUGGAGGGGCACCAUUGGUCUUCCACCACCAUCAAAAGAUAGAAAGUCACCAUAUGACCUUUAAUUGUCUUGAUGUGAGGUUGAACCCAAGAAAAAAAAACAGUGUCAUCAUGAUUAAUUAUAUGAGCCAUGCCAUGAGAAAACCAACAUAGUGGGUUGGCGACCAGCAUGGAUCCAGACCAGCCUGCGCAUCCGCGCAGUCUGGUCAGGAUCCAUGCUGUUCGCUAGCAGUUUCUCUAAUUGCAGUAGGCUUUAAAAGCGAACAGCAUGGAUCCUGACCAGACUGCGCAGAUGCGCAGGCUGGUCUAGAUCCAUGCUGGUUGUAAAGCCACUAUGUUGGUUUUCUCAUGGCAGGGCUCAAUUUUAUUAUAUUAUUAUAUACAGUUAAAACUCAAUGUUUCAUAGUUAAAGUUAAGAUACUAACUGAUUUCAAAGAGUAAAGAAUGAGUCUGCAGGUGUUUAGCUGAAGCCAAAAUCAAUUAGACAGGGUUUCAAGAUUAAAAAUUGUAUAAAUAAUUCUGUUUGUACCUUUACAAAUACAUAAGCAUAUAUAAUAUCCAGUCUAUCAUAGCAGUAGAUGAUGGCAUAUGAUAGAGGUCGGCAACAAAUUUAUAUGUAUAUAAGUAUUUGUAGCUAAUAGAGCUAUGGUAUAUAUUCUUCCUCAAAUAAUAUAACAGAAUGCCAAAUAAACACCAUUGCCAAAAAUAUUAAAGAAGAAAAGUAAAAAAACGAGGGUUUUCUUCCUUUAUCGCACAUAAAAUUAUCGUUAUAUAUUAAUUAUUUGAAUUGGACUGACAACUCCACAUUUCAGUUUGGUGUGGCAUUUGAAGUACAAAUGCAGCUGCCAUAUAUCAGUUUGAGUAUGUUUCUGGUAAAAGCCAUACUAUAUAUUUCAUAAUUUUUGCAAUUUGGUGGACUGGGAUAUCGUUGCACUAAAGUACACUUGACAAUUGGAAUUUGGAUUAUAGACAGCUGAUUUGAUUAAACAUGUUGGCUUGUUUGUGAAUUUUAGUAAAAAAAUUUAAACUUUCAUAAGUAUAACGUCAUCUACAGUAAUUUAAAUGGAUGGGCUUGAAGAUGGAAUCUAUUUAUUUUAUACAUUGAAAAAUUGAUUGCAUUUGUUAAUAAUACUAGAAGUGAAAAAAAGUAGUAAAAACAAAAGCAUUUAGUGAGUACAUGGCAGUAUUUAUUUACAAAAACCAUGUUAUUUUGAUUCUAACCACUAUUUACAUCCUUGGCCACAUCACCCAAAAAUUGCUUGUUUUGUAUUAUAUUCAUUUUCAGUGCACACUGUGGAGUUUGACCUAUAUUGUUAUUAUUUUGACAUACAAACAGUGAAUUUAUCAAAAUAUAGUGUCACACACUUCAA